AUUGAAAACGGGGCUGGAAUAUUUGUUCCCCUUGCUGAGAGAUCUGGAUCUCAGCCCACGAUGUGGUUUUUUGGGGGUCGAUAAGCUUUUUUUGGGCGAAGGAGGAAAGGGAAAGGGGGGGCACAUCGAUGGGCGUGGGUGUUGUGAUGGGUUGGAAGGGCCUUGACCGCUUGGGGGGCGUGGGUUCGUGCAACUUUGACCGCUUGGCAGUGACAAUCUCGCUGGUGUGCUCGAUUUGAUGCUAUGGGUAUCUUGGUUGGUGGUGGUAUCUUUGCAGGGGAUGAGGAUGUUGGAGCAUCGUGGGGGUAAUUGUGAUAUGGGAGCAACAGGCGCGAAUAUGGCGGUAAACAGUUCUUGUCAGGAGUAUCUCGGCAGACAUGUGAGGUGGCAAUUCAAAAGUAUUCCCUCGCCUACUGUUCGGAGAAGAACACACAUCGGAUUUCACAUCUUGAAGAGAGGAGAGAGAGACUGGAGAGAAAGAAAUUGGCCCCCCUCCCAGCACACUCACACUCACACCGCUGCCCAAGAGCGCCAGCCGAAGCCCGAGAAGCAUGGAGAAAGGAAGCAGCAAGCGGUGGAGUAUAUCGAAGCGAGACGAGCGUGUUCCAGAUUCCAGAAGCUCCAAAGCUUACAUGGGGACAUACCGGGGGGAGCACAUUUUGCGGGCGAUGGAGUCCAGUGAGAGGGAAAAAAAAAAGAAAAAGGACGCUUGAUUACGGCCGAAGUCCCCGGCUCACGGCAAGGGGAGAGAAGACCAGACCCCAAGAUGCGGGCUAGACCGCGGUGGUACCUGAAGCAGCAGCAAAUUACGGGUGCGACUGCGAGUACAUGUACCUUAACUCGGUGCCCUUUUUUU